AUGCGGCCGAGACAAUGGCGGUCUUCUUGGCGAACACCUGCGGCCGCGCGGCGAGGGAGGGAGUGUCGCCCGCCCGGCGGAGGGCCGCGUCUCCCCCAAUGACUCUACAGGUUUGGCGCCCACAAGAAGACCGCGGCCCGUGUUCUAGGGACAGUACUGUAUUCUCCGCCGUAAUCAGCAGACAGAACGGGCCGUGUGAAGGGACAGAACAGCGUCCGCUUUUAGCAACACAGGACCGUAUUGAAGGCGGCCGUGAAUCAGUGUUGUGUGAGGAUCUUUACAGCCUUACGCGGAGGGAAGCAGCGGAAAACAAUUCUUUUCGCUGCGAGUCGGUGACAACAAGUGCUUUUGAUACACAAAGAGAGGUUUAGAGAAAAGGGAGAGAGGCGUAAAAAGGAAGAGGAAGAACGAGAACGAAGAGGCGAUUGAGAUCUACCGAUUUUACAAAUUCGACUAUGGCGUCCGAUAACUCUACUUCGACUGCGACUACGACUUCGCACUCAACAGACUCGGCGAAAAACUGCGGCAAACUGAAGGAGAAAGGCAUCGAGGAGGCGGUUUCGAAGCUUCUUGAAGGCUACGACUGGACGAUGCUGCCCAUGACCCAGAAGUCGUCGCUGAAGCACCGCGCCCACAUCAAGCGGCCCAUGAACGCCUUCAUGGUGUGGGCGCAGGCGGCUCGACGGCGCCUGGCUGACCAGUACCCGCAGCUGCAUAACGCCGAGCUCUCCAAGACGCUCGGCAAAGUGUGGAGAGUCCUGAGUGACGAGGAAAAGCUUCCGUUCAUUGAGGAAGCGGAGAGAUUACGAGCUCAGCACAAGAAAGAUCACCCAGACUAUAAGUAUCAGCCCAGACGUCGAAAACCUCCCAAAAGCCUGUCGAGCCUGAUGGAGGCUGACCCCGGAACAGGACCUUUGCCGUACCGCGUCCAAGGGGGUCUCAUGGCUGGUAGUGGGGGUUACUGCCCAGGGGUCGGUAUGGGCAUGACUCUGCCCCCCUCCCAUGCCGCUCCACCCACACCGCCUAAAACACCUCAACAACAUAAUAUAAGGUCCGGUUCGUCUGCCAUCGCUCCAGGAAUGGUCGAAGGGAACGCCAGAAGCGACUGUAGUUUCAGCAAAUCCGCCGCUUCUUCCAUGUACGGCAGAGACCAUCACGGGAGCCACACGCAUGCGCACUUCACUGGCCUCGACGCUUCAAAGGCCCAACUAUUUGGCCAAAGUAACAGUAGCACCAGUGGUAGCGGUAGCCAGUACAUGAAUGACUCUAAUCCUGGAGCCAAAAUGGAGGCCGCGAUGGCUCUCCAAGCUGCAAGGAACAACUUCUCGUCAGCAGCCUCGUCUUCGUCUUCUUUCUCCCCGUCCAGUUCGUCUUCUGGUUCUUCGUCCUCCACUUCGUCAGCAGCCUUCUUCCGAGAUGACACCACGGCCAACAUGGCGGCUAACCUCAUGAGGCCCGCCUUCGGCCAGGAUCUAUUUCAGGGCCACAUGUUUGCAGGUUCAGCUCAUGCCCAGGGUGCCAUGAAUCUACAAGGUGCCCAGUCUUUCUAUCACUACGGUGCCCAAGGUCUUCACCCAUACUAUAUGACACCAAGAUAACCAGUUUUUCCACAAUGGCUUUUGAGCUUAGAUUGAGUGAGGUAUAUGAUGCUGUCAUUUCACCAUUUCUUUGUGAUUCAUCUGCCAACUUUUUCUAAUGUAUGAUGUCUCCAGCUGUCAGAUAUCUUUUUUUUUAAAUACUCAAAACCAAGAAGUAAUUUUGUGUAAGAGGAUACAGCAGGGAAUAUUUCCUAAUACAGUAUGUAUUUCAAGAACUGGUAAUGCAAAUUUGGAAACCCUGAAAUGUAUCGGAAAAAAAUCAGCUGGAAUAGCAUAUCACGGAAAAGUGGAUCAACAUCAGUUACUGAGUUCAGGACACAAGUUCUGAGCUGUUAAAGUGGGCACAGGUUGAAUUGCAGACCAGUGAAGCUUAUGAUAAAAAUGCUAAAUAAUGCUGUACAAUUUCCAUAGACAUAUACAGGAAUUCUUGAUAAUGAAUAUAAAUCUUGUGGCACAAGUUUACUAUACAGUAAUCCAAAUGACCACAUGGUUAAAUAGCUUAAUGGAGAAGCAGCAGCCAUUGGAGAAGCUAUUGUACUAAAUAUUCAGUUAUUAAGCAAAUCAAUGGAGCUAUGCUUAUGUUUUACGACAAGAGGUAGAGCAAUAUAUUUUACAGAUGUACGAGUAUUUUCAUGGUGGGGUAUUUCUUAUUUGUUAUUUUUUAUUAUUAUUUAUAUGCUUUGUAGCCACAAUAUAUGGCUGAUGUUAUUUUUUGUGGUUGUGGUUUCUAUUUCAUAUGAAUAAACCAUUUAUUCAUAAGAAGUGUGUUUACAAGAAAUAUAGAUGUAGAAAUGAUUCUGUAUAUACAAGCAAAAACAGACAUAAAAAUGAUUUUGUAAAUAUGCAGAUUUUUACAUAAUUUGUUGUCAGUGUAAAAAAUGAAUUUUGUGAAAAUUAAAAAAAAAAGCAAUAUGAUAAAAUUAGUAACAAAUAAUCACUAUUUAUUAUAAAAUGUAAUCUAAAUGCAUACAUUUAUUAAUAUAUUAUGUUUUUUUAACAUAAGAUGUGCAACCUAUCAUUUACAUAUUUUCAUAGACGAUUAUCAAACUACAAUGCCCAACUAUAAUUUCUUCUAAUACUGCAUAUAAAUGCUGAUCUGUAACUGUAUAAUUCUUUUGUCAAAGGGUUAAUAAAUCCAAAUUUAAAAAAAAAAUCAUUUAUUAGUAAUACAGAAGCAAUACCUUUAAGAAGGAAAAGUUAAAAUGGAAGAUUUCAUUAUUUGUAAAAUGGUCUGAAAACAUUUGGCCUCCUGACAGAGUUAAAGAAAACUCUAUAUUAUCAAAUACCUUGACAAUUUACCCAUUGUCAUUGGGUACAUGUACUGCCUACUGUAGUUUUGUUUUGUGAAUUUUGUUUA